AUGGCUUUCCGUCAGGACUCGAAUGAUACUGAAAUCACUAUUCGACACGGACAUCUAGCGCCGCCGAGCUCGAUUCCGGACAGCCCACGACCACAGAAGGCCGGAAAUGAUCAUCCUCUCGCUAAUGCCACCAGCCUCUCUGUCGACGUUCCAACCACGAAAAAAACUUCGGAAAAGAAGACUGAAGGAAAUGUGGGCAAUAAAGUAUAA